ACGUCGCAUGAUAGGCUCCUGCGAGAGAACCAAAAGAGCAAAAAAAAUUUCAACCGUCCAAGUGUGCGUUGAUACCUCGUCUUCCGCAGCUUCUAUCCCAACUGCCCUCUCUUCUUCUCCUCCAUUUAGCUCAAUCCACAUUACUUCUCUCACCUUUUCUUUUUCACGUCCAUUGCUUGCUCAAACAUAGCAAUCCAACCCAUAAAGGAAAAUUUUAGCUGUUAGUUUUUUUUUUUUUUUUCCUCAUAAGGAUGUUAUUGGAGGAGCGGAUGGUGCUGGGACUGGUUUGAGAAUGGAAAGGAGUUGCAGAGGCGCGGCAGAUGGGGUUAUGAAUUGUGCAGGUUCAUUGCCUCGAGGAGGAAACGACGUUGCCGCUGCCGUGGUCAUUGUCGAAUGCCGUGUCCUAUUGCGAUUAUCGGCAUUCGAUUCUUUCUGCAUUGCUUCCGAGGCUUUCUCCGAGCAAAAACAACAUAAAGAACGCAAAGAGUUUUGACUUCGAGAAUAGAUCAAAGAUAUUUUUUCCAUUUUCUUCUUGGUGCUUUCUGUUUUGUCAUUGUUAGCAAUGAUGACUAGUGGUGUUGUAAGUGGACGAGGAGGACUGUUUUUGGCAUCUAACAAUGGAACGUAUUCUGCAGUGGAGCCUCCUGAUGAUGAGGCUGAUUUCGUAGAAAAAGAUCCUACUGGUAGAUAUGUGCGGUAUGAUGAGAUAUUGGGCAGGGGUGCUUUCAAGACUGUUUACAAGGCAUUUGAUGAAGUAGAUGGAAUAGAGGUUGCGUGGAACCAAGUGAGGAUUGAUGAUGUCUUGCAAUCACCAGAAGGUUUAGAAAAAUUGUAUUCUGAAGUUCAUCUGCUGAGAUCAUUGAACCAUGAAAAUAUCUUGAAGUUCUAUUACUCCUGGGUGGACGAAAAGAUGAAAACUGUUAACAUGAUCACUGAACUCUUCACGUCUGGGAAUCUGAGGCAAUAUCGUAAGAAGCAUAAGAAUGUCGAUAUGAAGGCAAUAAAGAAUUGGGCAAGGCAAAUUCUCCAAGGUUUAGUCUAUCUCCAUGGUCAUAAUCCUCCCAUCAUUCACAGGGAUUUAAAAUGUGAUAAUGUAUUUGUUAAUGGACAUCAUGGAGAAGUUAAAAUUGGAGACCUUGGAUUGGCCAUCGUUAUGCAGCAGCCUACUGCUAGAAGUGUUAUUGGAACUCCUGAGUUUAUGGCUCCAGAACUUUACGAAGAGGAAUAUAAUGAACUCAUUGACAUAUACUCUUUUGGGAUGUGCAUGUUAGAAAUGGUUACUUUCGAAUACCCAUAUAGCGAAUGUAAAAAUCCUGCUCAAAUUUAUAAGAAGGUUACCUCCGGUGUUAAACCUGCUUCCCUUAGUAAAGUGAGCGAUCCUCAAAUUAAGGAGUUCAUUCUGAAAUGUCUGGUUCCAGCAUCUGAAAGAUUGUCUGCAAAAGAGCUUCUCAAAGAUCCAUUCCUUCAGCUUCAGAAUCCCGUAGAAUCAAUCCGUGAUCCCUUGCUCUUACCCAACCAGUAUGCUAAAUCAUCGAGUUUAAACAAGUCAGGACCUCUGUCCAUGGACAUGGACAGAGACUAUAAGCAGCUUUGUUUAAGCUCAUGUACUGGAAGCAACAAUAAUGAAGGCACCAAAUUUCCAGUGUUGGAAUAUCAGAGAGCACAUAAGAACAAGGAAUUUAGGUUAAGAGGGACAAAAAAUGAUGAAAAUUCUGUAUCAUUGACAUUGCGAAUUGCUGACUCUUCUAGUCGGGUUAGAAAUAUUCAUUUCCUCUUCUACCUUGAUAGUGAUACUGCACUAUCAGUGUCAAGUGAGAUGGCUGAACAACUAGAGUUGGCAGAUCAUGAUGUGGCCUUCAUAGCCGAGUUCAUUGAUUACUUGAUUAUGAAACUUCUUCCUGGUUGGAAGCCCUCAUCCGAUUAUUGCUUGAGUGGAGUCACAAGUAUUUACACGGACUCAGUCCUUGAGAAAUCAGUGGCUUCCCCUUGGAAUUCAGAGCUAACCAGUGUUUCUGCUCAGCCAGUGGUCGAACAAGAUGCUCUCUCUGGGUUUACCACAACUCCUCAAGGAGGUAGCUUACAAGCUGGUGAAGAUAAUCGCUGUGAUAACACUAGCAGCGUCAUUUAUCAUUUUGACAAUUAUUCUCCUCCAAGUUUGGCUAAUAUGGAAGAUCAAGAUUCACAAGCAUCAGUUAUUUCAGAGAUACUGGUUGAAGAUGCUUCCUCUAAAAUUGAUAAAAUGUCUGAACUCCCUGAUUACAAUACUGAUGGAGACUUAAGCGGAUAUGUUUCUGAACCAGAGCUUGGGGAUCCCUAUUUUGAUCACAAAUUGGAAAGAAACUAUAGUAGUAUCGGAGUAUGCAUUCCAAUGAAUGAAUAUGCAAGGAAUUCGGAGUUGCCAUUUCCCAAGCUAAGUGGAGUACCCAAUGAUAUGAGCUUGACAAGCAACUCUUCAUAUCUGUUCCUAGUUGGCAAGGAUCUAAAUGUUGAGCUAAAGCUGCAGCUUGCCACAAUUGAAGCACAAUACCAGAAUUGGUUUCAUGAGCUUUCUAGGAUGAGGGAGGAAGCAAUGGAGACUACCAAAAAGCGAUGGACAGCAAAGAAACUAGCUGUUCAUUGAUUAAGAACACAAUUCUAGGCCAAUCUUUUGGCUACAUAUCUUCAUUAAUCUGUCGAUACGGUUGGGACAUUGUGAACUGAAUCCUCUUACUCGGCUCUUCUUUUGGAAUCCUCUAUCCUUUGAGACUUAAUUUUGUUUGGAAAAACAGUGCAUAUGUAUGAUUGUUCAAGUUUGCUGGCAUUUUGCAUAUAAUCUAUGACUUGUUCUCCUUUUC